AUGGCUGUUAGAGCACCCAUAUCAGGGAUGAUAAUGGCUCCUUCAGCCUCUUCUGUUUCCUCGGGAAAGAGAGGGGUGAUCAUCCGGGCUCCACCUUUGAGAACUACCUUUUUUGGUUAUGGUGUGGGUACAACAAAGUUUAGAGGUAUGAAAUUGUCUAAUACUGGAGCCAGAUAUAGUAAUCAAGGAGGGGGUGGUGGUUUGGGUGCCCAGAUGAACCUUUUCGAUCGAUUUGCUAGAGUAGUGAAGUCAUAUGCAAAUGCGAUUAUUAGUUCUUUUGAAGACCCAGAAAAAAUCUUGGAGCAAACUGUUAUUGAGAUGAAUAAUGAUCUGAUAAAGAUGCGUCAAGCUACAGCUCAAGUUUUAGCUUCGCAAAAGCAACUCGAGAACAAAUAUAAAGCUGCACAACAAGCUUCUGAGGAUUGGUACCGUAGAGCACAGCUGGCUCUUGGAAAAGGAGAUGAAGAUCUUGCCCGUGAAGCUCUGAAAAGGAGGAAAUCAUAUGCUGAUAAUGCAAAUGCUUUGAAGACACAACUUGAACAACAGAAGGGCGUUGUAGACAAUCUUGUUUCCAACACAAGGCUCUUGGAGAGUAAGAUACAAGAGGCCAAGUCAAAGAAAGACACUUUGAAAGCACGUGCGCAGUCUGCAAAGACUGCCACCAAAGUUAGUGAGAUGCUGGGGAAUGUUAAUACAAGCAGUGCCCUUUCUGCGUUUGAAAGAAUGGAGGAAAAAGUGAUGGCCUUGGAGGGUCAAGCCGAAGCUCUCAAUCAGCUGACAAGUGAUGAACUUGAAGGAAAGUUUGCUUUACUGGAGAGCUCUUCAGUGGAUGAUGAUCUGGCAUCCUUGAAAAAGGAAUUAUCUGGGGGUACAAAGAAAGGAGAGCUACCCCCAGGUAGAACCCCUGUUACCGCUGCAUUUCAAGACAUGGACGUUGAGAAAGAGCUUAAUGAACUGAGGAGCAAAGCCCGGGACCUAUAG